UGCGAUCAACGGCGGAGGACCUCAAUCUAGUGUGAUCAGCAGAUUAGGACCGUUGGGUUCUUUUUUAUUUGGAAGGAGCAGGACUUUGGCGCUGGCGUCAUCCUGCGAUAGAACGAAAAGUAGCCUCCUAAAAUAGUUACAAAAAAAGAUUCGCACGGUGCAAAAAGAAAGUGUGCUGAAAAUAAGUUAUAUCUCUGUGUUUUGUCUGAACUUCAAUUCUAAGUGUUGUGUUAGAAAAAUCAUAAAUCUGUGUAACAGUGAUUGUUCUAUAGUAUCUAGAUUUUAUCAGAUAAGUUUUAAACCAACCAGAUGGUUCACAAGAUGGCACCGAAGCCACAGGAAAAUAUACCGGCAGUGCACGCCGAGGACAGCGACUUGUCAGGGUCGCUGAACAACGCUAGCAGUCUGGGAAAUCUUAGCAAUAAUCUGAAGCUUAACGGUUUCAUCAAUAAUGGUUUUGUGUCGGAUUGCACAGUCAAUACGGAUAAGCAGGGUCAGACAAAGGAUCUCGAUUCGAAGGCUAUCGCUAAAAACGGCAAAAAUACCGGAGCCAAUACCGUCAUACAGGAGAAAGCGAUCGUCGAUUUCGACGAUUUGCUACCCCAUAUAGGCGAGUUUGGACGAUAUCAGAAGAUCCUGUUUCUACUGAUGAUUCCGUUUGCAUUCUUCGUGGCGUUUGUAUAUUUUUCUCAAAUUUUCAUGACGGUGGUGCCGGAGGAACACUGGUGCUACGUGCCGGAACUGGAACAUUUAUCUGUGGAAGAAAGACGUGCCUUAGCUAUUCCGAUUCAAUAUGAACACGGAACUGAAUUUGACGACGGCGCUGCUUCCUACAGCAAAUGUUCGAUGUACGCGGUAAACUUCACCGAAGUGCUGGCCAACAAUAUCCGCAAGGCAGACCCAACGUGGCCGACGCAACCCUGCCAGCACGGAUGGGAGUACAACUUUACCGAUGUGCCAUACAAAACAGCUGCCACCGACUUCGAAUGGGUGUGCGAGUACUCGUACCUGUCCACGCUGUCACAGUCGAUCUUCUUCGUGGGUGCCAUCGUGGGUGGACUGCUGUUCGGGUGGAUUGCUGAUCGUUACGGUCGGAUACCGGCACUGGUCGGUUGCAACGUGAUUGGAUUCGUAGCCGGCGUGUGGACCGCUUUCGUCCUUAACUUUUGGCAGUUCGCCUUAUGUCGGUUUCUCGUCGGAUUUGCAUUUGACAACUGCUUUACCAUGAUGUACAUUUUGGUUCUGGAGUAUGUGGGUCCGAAAUGGCGAACAUUUGUCGCCAAUAUGUCUAUUGCACUGUUUUUCACCGCGGCGUCUUGCGGUCUACCGUGGAUUGCUUACUAUAUUGCCGAUUGGAAACUGUUCGCUAUUGUUACCUCGGCACCUCUCCUGCUUGCCAUAUUCACACCAUUUCUCGUACCCGAAUCAGCACGUUGGCUGGUGUCUCAAGGAAAAGUGGAUAAGGCUCUUCGCAUUCUCAAGAAAUUCGAAAGGAUUAACAAAAAGACAAUUGAUGCCAAAGUGUAUCAGGAAUUUAGCGACAGCUGUGUUCGUCUGCAGGAAGAGGAAGCUGUUAAUAGCAACUACUCGGUGCUUGAUCUGUUUAAGACGCCACGAUUGAGGAAUAUCACUAUUCUGCUGAUCGUCAUCUGGAUGGCCAUCUCAUUGGUAUUCGAUGGGCACGUGAGGAACGUCGGCUCACUUGGGUUAGAUCUAUUUUUCACAUUUACGGUUGCAGCUGCUACCGAGCUGCCAGCCGAUACUUUUCUCACUUUGACUUUGGACCGAUGGGGUCGCCGUUGGCUGGCCUGCGGAACGAUGGUGGCUAGUGGAGUUUUCAGUUUGUUUGCCACUGCUGUACCUAUGGGUGCAUAUUCUGCUACGCUGGCAAUUCUCGGUCGGUUCAGUGUAAAUAUCUCUUACAACAUUGGGCUGCAAUAUGCUGCCGAACUUCUACCAACGGUCGUCCGCGCUCAGGGCGUGGCUUUCAUUCACAUUAUGGGUUACGUGGCUAGUAUUGUAGCCCCAUUCGUGGUCUACCUGACGCAUAUAUCCCCCUCCAUGCCAUUGAUCGUGUUAGGCAUCAUCGGAGUGGUGGGAGGUGUGCUUUCCCUAUUUUUGCCCGAAACACUCGGACAUGAUUUGCCACAGACGCUGGCAGAUGGAGAAGACUUUGGACGAGGGCAAAAAAUUUGGGACUUUCCAUGCAUGACAAAAAAAAUACACGAUGACGUCGGUGACCUUCCGGUGCAGCGUUUCACCCGUGCUACAUCAAAGAACUCGAUCGGUGCUUCGCUGCGUGCAUCAACUCGUGGAGAGCUCAGCUCCAGUAUGCUGAACCGUUCGAUUCGAUCGCGUGGUUCAACUCGAUCUCAGCAGCAACCACGACUUGACCAGUUAACAGAAAACGUCUGAAUGGUCCAUCGGUCGGCAUGUUUUGGUUUGUACAGCACUAUCUUAGGUUUAGCGCAUAGAUUCACGGAGUGCUCUGUUUUCUGAGAGAUGGCUAACAAGGCGCAAGCCCAGGGAUGCCAAAUGUUUUAUUAAAGUCUUCACUUGGCCGUAAAAUCAACAACGUCUACAAGUCUACAAAAUGUCCUGAAUUUUAUCUUUAUCAAAUCCAUCAGGAUGAUGACGGUUUUGUAAAUUUAACACCACUGGGCACCCUGGCCACUCUUUAAGGAACUCAAGCACCUUCUAGUCAGCCGUAUCGGAUGGUUCUAACCCUUUAAGUUAAGUUAUAGUGAAAUCUGUUAUUUCAUAGCAGGCACAAAUCUUCCAAACGAUCCUUAAAGGGAUAACUAUAGGAAACCAUAUAUAAUCUACAGCAGCGGUUCCCAACCUUUUUUCGGUUCGCGUACCCCCUGGCGGAUUUCCCUAUACUAUUCUGCAGCGAACUAAAGUUUUGGCGAACCCCUGGGGGUUCGCGAACCCCCAUUUGGGAACCGCUGAUCUACAGUAUAGCACACCCAUUUGAAAGUGUGAUUGGGAGAAUUUGAAAUGGAUAAAAGAUCGGUUGAAACAUGAAAACCAGCGCGUUUUGCGCAUACUGGAUACAAAAGCUGUGAAUUGAAAAAUAACAAUAUACACGGCAGAGUAAGGAAUUGAAGUUCCUAAUCGAACAACGCGUAAACUUAAAUGUCGUCUUUGCCAAAAGUAUUAUAUUUUCUUGAAUCGUACAUGUACAGUUGUAGAACAGCUACUAAAUCAUUGGAGUUCCUCAAGCUGUGCUGCAGAACAAAUUUCAGCCAGUCAUGUGAUAGCAUCCAGCAUUAGUAGAGUUUACAGUUAGAGAAUAGAGGUAGUUAUCUUAUUUAGGUACUUGGUGGAUCACUUUGCUUAAAUUGUAAUUUGCAUAACUGAUUUUAACAGAUGUAUAACAAGAUUUUAAAUUUUACAAUGCAAAAGACUACCUGGCAGGUUAAAUUGACUUAAUUGUCGUACUGGCUGCUAUUGACAAAACGAUUGAAAAUGUUCUGUAACGAUCGGCAGUUAAUCAAUAGUUUAAUUUAUUUGCUCCUUUAUUUAUGUUUAUUAGGGAAUAGUGCGAGAAAAUCAUUGGAUAUCGAAUAAUAUGACACAUCCCUUGAAAUGUACCUUU